AUGGCACUCAGUCGAUCUGUGUCCAUGUUGUUGUUUUUAUCUAUCUGCUGGUUAUUAAUAUCGUCAAGUAGUGCAUCAAAUACCGACAACAAUAUCUUUUAUCGUUAUUACAAAUCAUUCCGAACGUCCACCAAAGCAACGGCAACAUCUUCGGUCAAAGAGCCUAUUCCACCGUCAUCGCGUCUUGACCGACGAGGUGCUUACAUUCCCGGCUUUUGCUAUCCGGUUCAAGUCGCGCCGAAUACGUAUGUCAAAGUAUGUCUGCACAACGGCUUGCGAAGAAGUGUUCAUUUGAUGCCGAAUCCAAACGAGUGA